CACACUGAGACUCAGGAACAAAGAACACUGACCAGAUACACAGACAACUCGACAAAAACUGAACUGAGAACAGGACUUAAAUACACAGGGUCUGAUUACAAAUUGAACACAGAAUUCAUGAUGGCAGCAGAGAAAGAUCUGAUCACAAAACUCAAGAGUGAGUUUGGAAAAAACCCUUUUGUGUCAAAUGCGGUUUUUGCCCUCCUCCUCACUGGUGUGGAGAGGAUGUUUGAGGUGGAAUUUGCUUGCCCUUGCAGUCCUGGAUGGAACCGCAUGUUUGUGUUUCCAUUUUUUUUAAUUCCUGCUGUUACAUCGUCUCUGCUGAUGAUGCUGAGUCAGGAAAACACGAAUACAAUAUGCAAGAAAGUCCUUUGUAGCUGUCUCCCUCCUAUAGUGUGGAUGGCCCUGAUGUUGCUUAAUGGCCAAUACUUGGUCUGUGCAGAGACUGACUGGACAGGCACAUUUGUAACAGCUGACAAAACCUAUCUUAAGUGGUGUAAACCAACCAACGCGACGACUAAUUUUGAGGAGAAACAACUGCGCCGUUCACACAUAUUGUAUAUUAGGUCUCAGGGGGCUGGAAAUGCUAUGAUCACUGUUUUACUCUUUUUACUCAUUGUAUACAUUGUACAUACAACAAAGAGCAGAUGUCGUCAAAAUGACGAAGAAGACCCUGAUGCUGCAGCCGUGCCACUUCAGCAUCAGAAAUAACGCAAAACACAGGAGACUGAAGAACAUCCUGCUGUGUGAACAUUAUGUAUACUUCAAUAUGCAAGCAAGUCUAAUAGUUAAAUUCAGUGCUCUACUUUUGUAAUAAAAAACAUCUGUUGAUUUUCUCUGUAAAUUGACGUGCUUGUUGCACCUGGAUAAGAUGGAUAAGAACAGUCAAGAAUCUUUCACUCUUGAGAUGAGUUGUGAGCUUUUUUUUUUUUUUUUUCUUAAAUCCACUCACUAAAUCUCAAUUAGAUUCAUUUUAAUACAAAUAUAUCUCAAAACAGAGGUCUUUGA